GAUCGUUGUAUUCAAGAUAUACAUGUAUGACGUACGCGACAGUCUGUAGUUCCAAAACAUGGGUUUUCUCAGUUAUAUUUUCAAUUAAAUGAUUAUCGUUUUUUGGUUUGUUUUAAUAAAGGAAGCAUUGGGUUUGACCUGUGUUGUAAAGAAAUCGCAAAAUUCAAUACGAUGCUUGUCUUCUUUGCAUUACGAAAAUAGGGAAAGUGUAUGUGUUAUAGUAGAUCUGCCAUGAUAGAUCCGAGCGCGUCUUCAUCUUAUACCAAAAAAGUCAGAGAUUGUUAGCAAAAUGUGUGAUUUUUGUUAUCAGGAGAGCUCCUUAAAGUAAAAGUACAGAUUACAGAAUGGUGGUGGAUUGCUUAUCCAUUCAAGGCUCAGUAGCUAUAAUACGGAAGCAGGAGCGAAGAUUAGGUGGGUUAGUGGCUGCAAAGAUGCAACCUAACAAUGUUGGUAGUUGUGGUGGUAUGACACCUAAAGAACUUUCUGACAAUGAUGAUCUAGCUACUUCUCUCGUGUUAGAUCCUUACCUGGGAUUUACUACUCAUAAAAUGAAUAUCAGGUAUAGGCCAUUAAAAGCAAAUAAAGAUGAACUCCGUAAAAUUAUCUGUGAAUUUAUUCAAACACAAAAUUAUGAAAAAACAUAUAAAAAAUUAAUGGGUGGUGAAUGGAGUGCAAGACUACCUCACACAAAAUCUAAACAACAACAAAUAAAUUUGGAAAAACAUAUUUACAUAUAUUUAAAGGUUUUUGAUAAAGAUUCUGGAUUUGCAAUAGAACCAUGCUUUAGGUAUAGUCUUGAAGGUCAAAAAGGUGCCAAAAUUUGUGCAACUCGCAAAUGGCUAAAACAUGAUAAAAUUUCUUGUCUUGUUGGUUGUAUCGCAGAACUUAGUGAAAAGGAGGAAGCAGCAUUAUUACAUCCAGGAAAAAAUGAUUUUUCUGUUAUGUUUAGUUGUCGCAAAAAUUGUGCUCAGUUAUGGUUAGGUCCAGCAGCAUAUAUUAAUCAUGACUGUAGAGCUAACUGCAAGUUCGUGCCAACGGGAAGAGAUACAGCUUGUAUUAAAGUUCUUCGUGAUAUUGAAGUAGGGGAGGAAAUUACUUGUUUCUAUGGAGAAGACUUUUUCGGCGAUAGUAACUGUUUCUGUGAAUGUGAAACAUGUGAGAGGAGGGCAACUGGAGCAUUUGCAAAUCAAAAACCAGGAGAAGAACUUUCCUCUGGGUACCGUUUACGAGAAACAGAUAAUCGCAUCAAUCGCAUGAAACAUAGACAACAGCCAUUAAGUCGCAAUAAACAACAAGCUGAUACUGCACUUACAGAAAGAAAUGCAGUGCUUGUUGGUAAUGCUGCUGUAGCACCACAAAGUGUUACCGUAAAAGAAUUACGGAGAAGGGGAUUAACAAAAUAUGAUGCAGAGUUAUUAAUUGCACAAGGAUGUCACUUCUCUGAUAUUGCUCAACAGCAACCUAUUACAAAUAAUGGGGAAAAUGUAUUACAAACGUCUCAACCUCACCCAGCUGCCAUUACAAGUUCUGUGACAAGAAAUUUACGAAAUAAACAAUUGUUUAAAUUGGACAGUAAUAAUGGUCAUCAGAAUAAUGUUAAAAAUCAUACGCUUCGAUCAUCCAGACUUCAUAAAAGAACAGAAUCGAAGAAGAAUAAAGUUUCUGAGAAGGCUGGAUCUCCUUGUUUAAAUGGUUCCAUAAUAAAUAAUAUUGAACUAGAAGACAUAAGUCAUCGCAAAGAAGAUUCUGAUAGAGUAGAUGAAGAAAUUGUGUACUCUAGAUUACAUAAGACUCAUUCAAAAAGUAAUUUGAAUGAAGAAACUAAUAAUGUUUGCCAUGUUCAGACCUUACAUCAUGAUGUACUGGAAGAAUCAACUUGUUCUAAUCUUCAGAGGGAGUGUUCGGAUUUAACAUUCAUUAAAAAUAACAAAGAACUAAAUAGCAAAUUGAUAAAUGAAAAAGAAAUACCUGAUAUUAUUAUAGAAAUUAAUUCUAAUUCAGUAGGUAAUAUUAAUACUUCCAAUUCUAAAAAAGAACACUAUAGUACAAAUUCCUGUGAUUCAGUUCAUAUAAGUUCCAUGCCUGAAAGUCGAUUAGAUGAUUUGCACAAAGCUAAUGAGAGUGAGAUAAUUUCACAAGAAAAUCGUCAGUCAAGAACCUGUCAUUAUAAUUUGUCUUCAGUUGAAAAUUCCAAAGAUAUAAACGAUAUCUCUACAACGCCAAUAAAAUCAAAUAACUGCGUCAAAAAAUAUUUAGAACUUGAAAAACAACUCUUAAAGAAAGAGACAGAAAAAUGUUAUGAUCCCAUAAGUAAGGAUUAUUCUUGCAAAAAUGACGAACAAAUACCUUUAGUUCAUAUCAAAUCACCCACAAAUUCGAAUUUUAUAGAAACUGAUACAAUAUCUACAUUUGAUAUACACACAUCCGGCAAAGAUUUGAAGAAAAGUGACUCUACAAAUUCAAACAUAUUGGUGAAAUACUUACUAGAAAAUGAAACAAACAAAUUUGAUAGGUUUAUUUCAGAAUCUAGUAAGUCUAUAGAUAAUAAUGAACAUGAUAAAAUAAAUUUUGUAAAAGAAAAUACGGAUAUAGAAAAUAGCGAAGAAAAUUGUCAGAAUGGUAUAAUCAUGAAAAAUAAUAUGUACGUAGUUAAUGUUGCAACAUCUGAAAUAAAAUCUGAAAAUACUGAAAUUAUUGAAACAUGUACAACAAACCUAAAUUCUCGAAUAGAUCCCUAUAGGGAAAAUAAUGAAAAUUUCAGUACAAUGGAAACUAACGAUUACAGCGAGAUUAACAAAUGUAAUUUAGAGGAUACUCACAAUACAAUUUUAAAAAAUGAUUCAUCACCCACAACAUUGAAGUCUCAUAAAAGUAGAAAAAAGCUAUUAAGCGAGAAGAAAUCCACAAUUUCUGAACUAAGAGAAGAAUUAGAAACUGUAGUAGAACAUAAGAUGACUGAUAACAUGAUUGCGUCUAUUUCAAAAACUCGUAGCAAAGCAGAAAAGACAAAAAGUAGAUUAACAAGAAGUCAGAAAAGAGAUCGAAAGAAAAUAGCGACUACUGAAAUUGGUGUAGCUGACGACGAUUCGGGUAUUCAAGGUGAUAUUUAUGAGUUUAGUGAGAAAGAAAGUAAUCUGGAAGAUAUUAGAAUACCAUCGAUAAUGCGACGUAAACAAGAAACUCGUCAUACACCCGGUCUCACUUCACAUUUACAAGAAAUGCAAUACAACGAUGAAUACAAUAAAGCCGAACCUCCAGUAUUACUUCCACAAGAACCAUGGCCACCAGCUAGUUGCAACCAGAAUCAACUGUUAGAUUCAGAUGGUAAUAGGCAAUCAAGAGAAAAUUCCAUAGAUAGUGAAAGUCUAAACAGAUUAUCAGCUUGUAGUAACGAUAGUGCACAAAAGUUAACAGCUGCUUCUGAAUAUCAAUGGCAAAUGAAUAGUUCUAAUUGUCAAGUGUAUCCAACUACUCCAGAGAGAACUGGCAGAUUAAAACUUACUCUUCGUAUGAAACGUUCGCCAGUUUUAGAAGACAUUGUAGAGUCGGGUACGAGUUUAAGUGAAGAUAGUUAUGAACCUGAAUACGAAGUAUUACGUGUAGAGGGUGUGGAAAGAAGCAGACGUAAGAAAAAACAUAAAACGCGGGAUCGCGAAAGACGACAUAAAAAACGUGAAUUAAAUCUUGACCCUCCUCCGCCACCUAUGAAAAGGCUACGUUUAAUUUUUGGCAAUGAAACACAUACUAUUGACUUUCCACAUUCUUAACAACUAUAAAUAGAUUUUCAGUACCAUCUGGAACAAAUUAUAAAUACAAUUUAGACGUGUAAAAACAGGUCUCCUUGUCCUGUAACAUCGUGAAUUUCUAUGUAAUUCUACAACUUCAAACGAUAAGCGAUAUGUCUGUCGUUAAAUUUUAUAGAUAUUUGGUGAUAUAACUAUUGUGUUCUGGUUUUGUGUUAUUUUUUUACUGUUUAAAUUCUGUUUUGCUUCUCAUUCUUCUAACAACGAAUAAUUAAAGGCCUAGUAAAAUUUUUCCAAUGAGAAACUGAAAACAGUAAUAAAAAGACGACAUGUAUUGAUUUACGCAUAUGUUAUUCAGUGAAUAUUUGUUUGAAAAUUUUGUAUAGCUCCAUUUAAAAUAGUUAACACAUAAAUAGUUAGUUCAUUGCUAUAUUCAUUCAUAAUAAAAUUAGUAUUUUAUUUUAUCUUUUUCAUUAAUAUAAUAUUUGAGCAAACAUAAUAUCGAUACGGCAAGCUGGUUUUAAAACUUAUAGUCUUUCACUGUCAAUUUACUUUCGAUAUUAAUGGGUUUGUAUUAUUAAACAAUUUUUUACUAAUAAAAUAUUUAUAUCAUAUAAAAAUUUCACAUAUAUAGGAUAAAGAAAAUAGCGAUUAUUUUCUUGUAUUGAAAACAAGGAAAGAACAUGAGUUGAAUUGUAUCUAAGUACUAUUUCCGUAGAUAAGGACAAAGGAGAAAAAUCCAUACUCUUAUACUAUGUAUAAUAGUUAUAAUAGUUAUAAUAAUAAUAAAAUAAUAAUGAUGAUAAUGAUAAUAAUUCAAUAAUUAAAUUAGCUAAAUACUAGGUAACAUAUAUUAACUGCUGUUCUAAACAUGCGUGAUUGACUACCGUGAAAAAAUUGUAAAUAUUGCUUAUGUGUAUGUACGCGCGUAUGUAUGUAUAUGCGCAUGUAUCAUAAAUGAUAAAUAUACAUGCACGUAUAUAUACAUGAACAAAUCACAAACAGACAGACAGACAGACAGACAGACAGACAGACAGACAGACAGACAGGCAGGCAGGCAGGCAGGCAGACACACACACACACACACACACACACACACACACACACACACACGCGCACGCACGCACGCACGCACACACACGCACACACACA